GGUAGACAUCAUGCACAYGAGCCUKGCGUAGGUAGUCGGGCAGCUUCACACGAAAKCUGACCGGGYUAGAUGYCGUAUCAGRACCGAUGGCCUGGAGGAUGCGGCAUGGGCCAAAGAAGCGACGCCGAAACUUGCGAAGCGUGUCCGCUUCGAGCUGUAAGUGGCGGGCGUCGAUAAGCACAUCAUYACCGACCUUGAAUGGGUGAUCCAUCCUCGAUCGGUUCGCACGUGCUGCCAUGCGAGUCUGGGAAGCGGCUAUGUGCUCAUGUGCGGUCUUCAUAAUCGACGUCAUGUGUGCAACCCAAUCAUCCAGCGCGGGACAACUCGUGUCGGGGUGCAUCUGGGACGGUCGAAGGAAGUCCGCGGGAACACGCGGCUGAUAGCCGAGGUCGCAAUAGUAAGGCGACAUCCCCGUGGCUGGCGAGACGGCGUGGUUGUAGGCUAUCUCCGCGUGGGCAAGAUGGAGAUCCCACUGCUGGUCAUCACGAACAAUUUUUCAGAGAAUAUCCCCGAGAGUCCUGUUCGUGAUCUCGGUCUGACCAUCAGUUUGAGGAUGGUAAGACGAGGAGAAGCGGAGCUGAGUGCCGUACACCUCGUGGAGCCGUCGCCAGAAUCGGCUGGUAAAGCGCGGGUCACGGUCAGAUAUGAUGCUCAGAGGUAAGCYGUGGUCACGCAMGACUCGGUCAAAUACGAUGUCGGUGACCUCACGUGCACUGAUGGCAUAGCGGCACGGAACAAAGCGUGCACGCUUCG